GCUGGCGUGUUUUUCAACCGGCGGUCUGUAUGGCAACCGUGAAGUAGAUUCAGAAACAAGGAAGGAUCCCGGACUGAAUGGGACUCAUACAGUUACACCUCUCUGACAGUGUGAUUGUUGUCUCCUUUCGGAGCAAAGAAGUCUGAGAAAUAUGGAUGAUGGUGAUGCGCAGGCAGAGCUGGACUCGGUGGAGGCAGAGCUGAAGUUGGUGGAGUUGCAGAUCACGGAGCUUCUGGAGAAGCAGACCGAGCUGACUACUCGUAAGAAUGCUCUGCUGCUGCAGCUGGAGGAGGCUGUUAAUGCUGCACAGCCAUCAUCCUCUUCAACCUCAUCCUCCUCAAAGUCAUAUGGAGCUGAUCCAGUAAUGAGCAGGCAGGAGAUGAAGCGCUAUGAUAGCACAGAUUUUCCAUGGUCCAAAGAAGUGGAGAAGCACCUGAAGGAUUCGUUCCUUCUCUCCAAGUUCAGACCGCUGCAGCUGAGGGGCAUCAACCUGACACUGUCAGGCAGAGAUCUGUUCCUGGUGAUGCCCACAGGAAGAGGAAAAAGCCUCUGCUACCAGCUUCCUGCGCUCUACUCCAAGGGUUUUACAUUGGUAGUCACUCCCCUGGUGUCCCUGAUGGAGGACCAGAUCAUGUACCUGAAGUCUAUCAGCGUGCCAGCAGUCAUGCUGAAUGCGUCGAAUACCAAGGAGCAGGCCAAGACAGUCAUGGCUGGAAUGACGGAUCCCAAGGCCCCUUUCAAGCUGCUGUAUGUGACUCCAGAGAAAAUCGCCAAGAGCAAGCUGCUCAUGUCUCGUCUGGAGAAGGCCUACAACGCAAACCUGCUGAGUCGAAUCGCUGUGGACGAGGUGCACUGCUGCAGUCAGUGGGGACAUGAUUUCAGACAAGAUUAUAAACUGUUGGGCAUCCUGAAAAGGCAGUUCCCUAAAGUCCCACUUCUCGGGCUCACAGCCACAGCAACCAGCAGCGUCCUCAAGGACUGUGAGAAGAUCCUGUGUGUGAAACAGCCAAUCACACUCACGGCAUCCUUCAACCGACUCAACCUCUACUACGAGGUCCGUGUUAAAGAUUCUGACAGUGAUGCAUCAAUAAAUGACAUCGCAUCUCUCAUCAAGAACAGAUACAAGGACCAGUCAGGGAUCGUCUAUGUGUUCUCUCAGAAAGAUGCAGAGACUGUGUCCUCUGAACUGCAGAAAAGAGACAUCCUGGCCUAUCCCUACCAUGCUAACAUGGACCCUGACGAUAAGUCCCGUGUUCACCGCAAAUGGACCUCCAACAUAAUCCAGGUGGUGGUAGCCACGGUGGCGUUUGGCAUGGGCAUUGACAAGCCUGACGUAAGGUUUGUCAUCCACCACACCAUCAGCAAGUCCAUCGAGAACUACUAUCAAGAGAGUGGACGUGCAGGUCGAGACGACAGACCGGCAGACUGCAUAGUGUACUUUGGCUUCUCUGACAUCUUCAGGAUCAGCACCAUGGUGGUGAUGGAGAAUGUCGGUCAGCAGAAACUGAGGCAGAUGGUUGACUACUGCCAGAAUAUCGACAGGUGUCGGCGCUCUCUUAUGGCUGUUCAUUUUGAUGAAGUGUGGGACGAUGAAGGAUGCAACCAGAUGUGUGACACCUGCCGCAAUGCGAAAGACUUCACCACGGUGGACAUUACCCAGCAUGCCAGGCAGGUGGUGGAGAUUGUGGAACUAGCAGCGUCCAUGGAUGAAAAGCUGACUCCUCUGAAGCUGGUGGUGGCGUGGAUGGGGAAAGGCCCAGCCAAGCGCAGGAAAAUGAUCCAGACCACCACACUGUCUCGGCUGCAGGCUGAAGCUGUGAUCGUGUUUCUGCUGCUGCAGGGAUAUCUCAGGGAGGAUUUCAGCUUCACUCCAUACACCACCUAUGUUUACAUGAAACUGGGCCGCAAAGCUCCUCUGCUGAAGAAUCAGACUCACACACUCAGCAUGAAAAUGAGGACAACAGGGACUGUGUCUGCUGUGGACACAGCCGCUGUUAAAGCCAGUGAGGAGGCCGUCGAUGUGACCUUUGACCCCACUGUCAUGGACAACAGCUGUCCCCCACAACCCAAACAGAAAAUAUUUAAAGAACAGAGCAAUCUGUCAAGGAAACUACAUGUGAGACCAACCAGCCUGCCAGACGAACAGAGAGACAGAGAAAACAAACAGCUGGCAGACAGACAAGGAGAGGAAGUGGAGCAUAAGAGGAGGCCUCAACAUGCAAUUGAAGUCGAUGUUGAAAUUAACAUUAUAGAUAACAGUGAUGAUGAGAAAACACCAUCACAUCCAAUUAAGCCUUGUUCCAAGCGUAAAUCCACCACCCCUCAGAGAGUGAGGAGGAAGCCCUGUGCUAAUGUAGCAGCAGCAGGUGUUCCAUCUCCUCCCCCAGCUGGGAGCAUCUCCACCAACACUGUGCCCAGCUCUUCAUCCCAGGCCUCCAUCAUCUCUGAGACUGCAGUCGAGGAACUCUGUAACCUGAGGAACUAUUACAGCAAACAGCUGAGGAGAAUAAACUAUGUUUCCCAUGAGUACCUGGGGCAGCCCACAGAGGCAGGAGUGCUGGCAUGUAUCAGGGAGCCUCUGAGGACCCUCCGUCUGCCCCGCAGGGAAACCAUUGCCCAGACGGCACGCAGCCUGUGGACACGAGUCAGUGGCCGGAGCAAGUUGCUUCACCGGUGACAUCACAUAAGUUCAGUCAGCAUUUAGAUGUGGUGUUUGUAGGUGUAUCACAAAAUGUUUGCAACUGCUGUUGGUCAUCACAAAUGUUUUCUCUGCUGUCACAGUUAAAGAAACCAGUAUGUGUAGGAUUUUAAAAUGUCCUGCUGGCUGCCUAUCACCCCAUAAAUGUGACCUGGGAACUUUGAUGAAUGGGCUGAAAGCAACAUAUUUGAUUGUCGUAUUUUUGUACAAACAAAAGCAAAUGCUUUGAGAACAAUUUAGACAAUGUUCUGAUGGCUGAGAGACAAGUUCAAUGUUUCAUACCUCAGCUGCUGGGUUGUUAAUUGAUUAAAUGUUGUGAUGUAUGAAGUUCUGGACCAAGAUUUAAAGCUAUACUUCUCUUUUCUGCUGUCUUUGUCAACAAAAUCCUGACAAACUAAAUAACUGAAAGCCAAAAAUGGGACGGAUUUUGAUUAGCUCGAUUUGGGGUGUUUAUAGGAACUGGGAUGAGUUCACGUACAUGCAGUGCAAUUAUUGAGAAACCAGUAAAUUUAAAGUCUAAAACUGAAAUUAAAUGGCAUGUUUUUUUUCUGCUACCACACACAGAUCUGUAAAUUAUAUAUCCUGUGUUGUCGUUUGAAGAAAUGAGAACCCUAAAGGGAGACAUCUGUUUUAGUUUUAUAAUGGCAUCCCAACCUGCAUCUACCAUAAAUGCUGCUGGUUCUCUGCCAAUAUGAGCUGUCCAUGUGUGUUGUGUUGUCCUGUUGAAUGCGUUACUAACCAACCACUAACUAACCACUGCCAAAGUGCACUGCUAACAUUAUUUUUCAGGCUAGUUAGCCAGCAACCAUCAGUUGAGAUGCUAAUAGUGUGCUCCUCAUUCUACAAUAUGGCUGCUAACAGAAGUCUUCCUUGGCUUGUGAGCUACAGUUCAAGUUUUUUUUUUUUUUUUUUGUUAGUUUGUGACUGUGCUGGCUCAGCUGUCAAACACAGCCUGCCCCUGUUUAGAGAGCAAAGGACCAUUUGUAAUAUUUCCUCAGUUAGCUUUUUCCCCUUUUUUGGUAUAAAAAACUUUGAGAAUGCAUUUAAAAAUCACUUUGAUUUAAAAAUAAGUUUUGACUAAAAAAAGAUGACUAAUGAUGACUAAAAAAUGAGUAAUUGUGACUGCAGUUGCAUAUUAAGUUAAACUGUAGCGAGAAUAAUUGUUAUGGUAUCUUCGAGACCUUUUUCAUGUGUUGCCUGAUCUGUUGAACCAUCAGAUCUCAAUUUGUCAAAGUCCUCAUAACAAAUUUUGUUUUGCUGAAGGUUCUAAAUUCUGCUCUUGCUCCCAUCUCAUUCUCAGAGAGAAGAAGAAAUUGAGAGGACUUUUCGAACAUGUAUGGCUCUAUAUAUUAUUUGUAAGAGUUGGUGUGUUUAAUCAGCCUAUGAGGAAUAAAUCUUAAGGUGGCAUAUGCAUU